UCACUCUCACUUUCACUCUCACCGACCUACCAGACCAGACCAGACCUGACCAAACCAAUCUCUCCUCCUCCCUACCACCCGCCGCCGCCGCCGCCGCCCAGAAGCUCCUGCCAGCCGUCUCCGCCCCGCCCCUCUUGGAUUCGCCGCCCUCCCCCGCCCUCGUAUUGGAUUCUUCCUCCUGGAUUCGCCGCCCUCCCCUGCAUUUGUAUUGGAUUCGUCCCCUUGGAUUCGAUUUCCUUCCGCAAAAAAAGAAAGGUAUUGAAUUCGAUUGAGGUCAUUGCACUUGUCUGUCUCUCUAGUGCACAGCUGCAAAAUCUCUGGCUCGCUCAUCAACCGGAAUGCACUAGGAGGAAGCAUGAGACGCCUUGUAGAAUAAUACCUAGUAAUGUCCAUGCUCGCGUGUGCGCUUCAAACCAUGGGCUCAUCCUGCAGCAGACCUCACUCAGUAAACGAGGCAGAGGCAGCUGGCAACACAAGAUCUGCAGACAUCGACCGCCGGAUUCUGCACGAGACAAAGGCGGACCAGCACAUCCACAAGCUCUUGCUUCUCGGUGCUGGAGAAUCAGGAAAGUCCACGAUAUUUAAGCAGAUAAAGCUUCUUUUCCGAACCGGCUUCGAUGAGGCGGAACUCAAGGGCUACACGCCGGUCAUCCAUGCGAACGUGUACCAGACAAUCAAAAUACUAUAUGAUGGAGCUAAAGAGCUUGCCCAAGUGGAACUAGAGUCCUCAAAAUAUGUCAUAUCCUCAGAUAAUCAGGAGAUUGGAGAAAAGCUAUCAGAAAUUGGAGGCAGGUUGGAUUACCCACUCCUUAAUAAAGAACUCGUACAGGAUGUAAGAAAAUUAUGGGAAGAUCCAGCCAUUCAGGAAACUUACUCGUGUGGAAGUGUGCUGCAAGUUCCCGACUGUGCACACUACUUCAUGGAAAAUCUGGACCGAUUAGCUGAAGCAGAUUACGUACCAACAAAGGAGGAUGUGCUCCAUGCAAGAGUACGGACAAAUGGGGUUGUAGAAAUUCAGUUUAGCCCCCUUGGAGAGAGCAAAAGAGGUGGAGAGGUAUACAGGCUGUAUGAUGUAGGAGGUCAAAGGAAUGAGAGGAGGAAGUGGAUUCAUCUUUUUGAAGGCGUUGAUGCUGUCAUCUUUUGUGCUGCCAUUAGCGAGUACGAUCAGUUGUUAUUUGAGGAUGAGACACAGAACAGGAUGAUGGAGACCAAGGAGCUGUUCGACUGGGUAUUAAAGCAAAGAUGUUUUGAGAAAACAUCAUUCAUGCUGUUCCUCAACAAGUUCGACAUAUUUGAGAGGAAAAUACAAAAGGUUCCUUUGACUGUGUGCGAGUGGUUUAAAGACUAUGAGCCGAUCGCGCCUGGCAAAGUACAGGAUGUGGAACAUGCCUAUGAGUUUGUGAAAAAGAAGUUUGAGGAGGUCUACUUCCAGAGCAGCAAGCCGGACCGCGUUGACCGGGUAUUCAAGAUCUACAGAACGACGGCCCUGGACCAGAAGCUUGUGAAGAAGACGUUCAAGCUGAUCGACGAGAGCAUGAGACGCUCCAGGGAGGGAACGGGGACGUGAUUGAGGCUGUGCCACAUGAGGGUAAAAAAAAGGGCUGUUAGGAUGACACAGAAAUUUUACGGUGUCGCAACUCUGUAUUGUAAUCCAUUCUUUAGUUUAGAAGAGGAAGAACACCUUGUGACUCCUUUGUGCUUUCACAAGCUACGAAAGAAAUCUUAUGACCACUAUGCCAAGUUUGGAUCUGUCUUUUGCUUUC